AUGCGGUUGAGUGUCAUAGGGACGGGAGGUCUCCUCGCACACUAUUGGGAAGGAGAGUCCGGUCAUCCACCACCCGAAGAGAAGCGGCGGAUUUAUCUGCGAGCAGCCGAAGCCGGGAUAAACCUAUUUGACAUGGGCUACGGGGAUGAAAUCCAUAUCCCGGAAGAGUUAAAGGGCAAUACGGACGAACGCCACUUCUCCCUGAAAGUUGGUGAUCCUGCAGCAGCAGACUUGGAAGGGAUUAUCGACGGACAUCUUGUAAAUCUGCGUAGAGAUGCGAUUGAUAUCCUUCGGGUACACUAUUACGCCUACAUGAAGGAUGCUCAGUUGAGGAAGCGAAUCACUGAUCUCAAGCAGAUGGGGAAGGUGCGAUCGCUCUGUACGAUACGCCACUUUGAGGAAGAUCAAGAUGCCUAUAUAACGCGCGGUCCAGAAAAAGCGGCGGACGCAGACUUGGUUAUCUAUAAUUAUGUCUGCCGCGAUCAGGCAGCGGGUAUUCGAGCAUCGUCCAAAGCUGGCAAGGGAGUCUUGGUAAUGAAGGCACUCGGCGGGCAAUACUUAAGUUGGCAGCAUAAAACCGGGACGGACUGGACCCAAGCAACGGAGGAAACUCUGGUGAAACUUUCACCCCUCGGUGAAAGUAUGCGUAGCGAACUGCCGCUUGUCUAUUCUUUUACCGCCGGUCCUUGGAAUGAGUUGGUUGAGUCGGAGAAAAAGAUCUCGCCGACCGGGAAGGCGUUGUCAUGGGGUGCUUGA